GUUUUGCGUUUUUGAUAAUUAAUACCAGAAAAGGAAGAGUAAUUCCUACGGGGUAAUUCUACUUAGUAAUCUGGUAAUGUACUCCAUGUUCGCUCUACUCUCAAAACCCUUUGUCGUCGUUGUUCUUUGUUCUGUUGUAGGUCUCUGUUUGGGCUUGUUACAGAUUCAGCAAUGAAAGCAUCAGAGGCAACUCACCGAAUACCUACAAAGACACCAAAGGACAUGGAAGACGAUCGAUUACUUCCUUCAGAAUAGAGAAAUGAAUCGUUGAUCGAACUGUUCUGCUGACCAGUCAAGAAAAAUACGAACAAAUACAAAAGCAUGACUUGGUUUCGAGCGAACCGAGCUCUUUGGGCUUGUCCCAAUACUUUGCCACCAGAUACUGCUAGAACAAUAUCAACCACAACAAGACGAAAGAAAAAUGUUGAACACCUCAUCGAAGAAUAUCUAGGCCAACGAACAGAAGAUGAUGGUUGCAGUGGAGAAGAAAGUUCGGACGUUUUGGAAAAAGAAGAAUGGAUGCACAACGACGAUUAUCCUCUCGAAGAGAAGAACGACACACCAGCAGCAACACACACCACCGACGAAGACAACUAUGGCUACUUUGAGAUCUCGUUGACGACAAAUGCCAUUCAAGAUAUGGUAGACGAGGGAACGAUAUGGGUUGCCGAACAAGCAACUAAGAAUUGCGAGUGCGAAAACGGGGAGGGACUCCUCUCCUCUGCCGCCCCGCUUGCAGCCGGUCCCCUGGUGUUGUGGCUGCGCGAUCUUCGGCCACAGACCGCCCCCCAACCAGAUCCCAGAGAUGACGACGCUCAGAUGGAUCACAAACGUAUAGGGGAGAUAGAGUCGGGGAUGUUUUCUGCGUCCAUUUCGGAUGGUACCAAUUGGUGUUCCGGAGCUAUCUGGCAAACUAAGGAAGGCCAACUAGAAGACUUGUCGGAGUGUGUCCUUUCCAUCUCUGGAUUUGUCCUUGGAGUACAUUGUGCGGCUUCCCUCGAGUGUCAGCCUUUGUCUCCAGAUACUGCAAGAGGCGAUAGAAAAUGUGAUUGCGAUGACAACUGCACCGUUGCGAGCGGCGGCAAGAGGAAACCAAAACCAGUAUCUUGUUGUUCAUUAAAUUCCUUGGAUGGAAACAAACGGCAAACUUCUCCCUAUAUUUACAUCACGCGCUAUGAGGUUCUUUACGAGAAGCGAUCAAAGAAUCAGAGCCAUGACGAUGAUGAUAGCAUCAAUGAUAUCCAAUUCACGGAGCAGAUUCGUUCACAAACGUGCGAACUCCAAAAAGAAGGAAUACUUGCUGGUUUAUUAGCAUCGAGAAAACUCGGUACGGACGUCUUGAUCGGCGAAGACAAGGGUAAACUAAUAUGCCACAGCUACCAUAACCGUCACGACCAUCUUUGUCAAGAAGCAGCAAUGCUCAAGAAAAUAAACGAAAAUGCCCUUGAAGUAAGAAAUUUUAUGGAACAGCAUUUCGCCAUCACGACACUCAAGAGCAGGAAAGAAGAUGCGUCGUUGAUGGCGUCUUCCUCUUUCAGCCUCAUGCUGGGAUCGCAGAAAUGCUUCCAAAACUAUUAUUCAGCUCUGAACGAAUUUGACCAGGGGCAGCGCGAGAAUCUAUUCACCUCCCUGAACGACACGACGGAGGAAUCUUUUGUUGACGGCUCUGUGGAUCCAGAAGAGACGGCAAGCGACACCCGCAGAGAGCAGAAACGGAUCCAGAACAAAGAAACCAUGGAAUAUGCAUUGCAAUGCACGGAGGAGCGGCUCUCCCCGGAGUUGCUGUUGCGCUGGCAUGCUUGGCUCCUGGGGGAUGGGCUAGAGCAAGAAGCAGGAGCGUUUCGAUCCGAGAAAAUCUCAGUACGCGUCGGAGCCUUUUGUGCAUCCAUGGAAGACCAUUGGUUGCCGAGAGUGAGGCAGGACCCAACCAAUGCCGUUCGGAUUGCGACAUUUGCCGCCGCUGUGAAGCUCGGUUUCUUGGACAUGCGUCCAUUUGAGGCCGGGAAUCAGCUACUCGCAAGGAUCCUUUUCUGCUGGAGCCUUCGGCGGGCUGGUUUGCCCUUUUCUGUGAUCACCUAUUCCAAUGAAAAGCAGAAAUUGGAUUACUACUCUUUGAUUGAAUCGACGAGACGGAAUUUAUCUCUCGUGCCUCUAGGACUUGUUGAUGCUGACAUAAUGACACGGAUAUUACUCUCUACUGGUGGCCUUGCUCCUCUUGUUGGUUUCCUUGUAAACUGUAUUGCUUCCUCUGCAAUUGAUCUUUGCAGAUUGGUUGAAAAAAAAAACAGCAUGGCGUCGGAAGAAACUAAUGCUCGUUUGGUUCGAUUGGCCCGAGAAAAGGCCGCUAAGGGGACUUGUAUUAUCUGCUUUGACGAGAACCCAAAUAUCGUAACCAUGUGUUGCGGAAAGCCGGUUCAUUUCAAUUGCAUGGCAGAAUGGCUCACCUCUAAUUCUUCGUGCCCUCAGUGCCGAUCGGAUAUUCCGUCCCUUUCUACAAGAAGGUUUUCUCAACCAGCAAGAGAGAAUCCAGUGGUGGAAUAUGGUCAGGACCGUAGUUAUCUCAGAAAUUUUCUGAGCGAAGAAUUUUUGUAUGCUCACUCUUCAUCGAGCUCAUCUUCAUCAUCGUCUAGCUCCUCUUCGUCGUCCUCAUCCUCUUCUUCCACUGAAUCGGCCUUCUUCUACAGCGGUCUAGACUAUGGUGUAAACGAUACGAGCAGUGCCAACAGCCCUGUUGAAAACGAGAGCACGAACAGUAUCAGAAAUCUAUUGCCCUACAGAAUCGAUUCACCAGUUCCAAGCCAGAUCCAAACGGGCUUAAACUAUGUCACAAGUGAUGAAGAUGAAAGUCAGCACAAUUAUGUCACUGACGAUACCGACGAUAGCGCAGAUAUUUCACAAUCAGGGAAUAACGACGAUGGCGAUGGACAGUACUCUUUUGAUUCAAAUCAUUCAGCGAAUUACUCGACACAUUUUGAGUUGACUCGGGGCAACAGUGCAGACAACGAUAGUGGGUGGGAGUCCGAGAGCACUGCCUUGAGCUUUGCCAGAAGUGGGCGUCUCGAAUUGUGCGACGACAGCGCGGCAAAUAGUGAGCCCGAAUUGUCCGAUGAUGGCACAGAAAAUAGUGAACAUUAUUCCUGCAGCGACGACGAACAGUCAUCUCUGGGAGACCAGGAACACUUGCAUCGUUUUCGAAUGUCCUUUCUGGAUCCAGAACUAUUGGGCAACGCCCAGGCCCUCGAAAGCCGAAGAAGCAGAAGAACGUACUUGCACCGCGAAUCCAGCGAUUCAAUGGUGGGUCAGGAACGGUUGCGGUUCUUGCGUGACGGCGAGGGAAACGGUUCUUUGGAGUUUGCACUACCCGCCGACCCUCGAUACCUGCGUGUCGGUGACGGCGAUUCGUCACAUGAUGCAAACCAAUUGGUGUCGAGCAUCAUCGAGGGGAGCCUGACAAACGCCUUUGCAGACAUGCGAUGCGAUGUUACUCCCGCACAACCGAACGACCCCGUUCCCGAUAACGACUCUGUCACGAUAUGAACGCAAUCGAAGCGCCAACCAGUGAGAAAUCUUGUUUGGUCCUGGCGGUAUGGUUUUCGAUCCCCACGAUUCCCAGUAAUUUCAUUUGCGCAAAAAGCCAAUGGUCAUUCUGCACAGGUGGGAUAAUAGUCUACGAUCUUUGAGAAAGGUAGGUUGAGAAGUUGCAAAAUCUACACUAUCGUUAUCAUGCUAUGAAAUAGACAUAAACAUUAAAA